GAGCGUCAUGCUACCGGAAAGGCCAUUGUGUUGUUCCUUUUGUGAGCUAGCCCGGCGGUUGUGUAGCGCUGUUUUCCAGCAUAUUUCUCGGCGGCAGCAAAGAGAAACAUGUCGACAAACAUGCCGCCGGCCAAUUUGAACCUGGAGUCGCAGCUUUUGUCCAUAAUGGACGUGCUGGUGAAAGCGGCGGUGACAGAAAUCAGUCAGCUGUUCUCUGAGAGCUCGUCGUCUCUCCGCCUGCAUUUAACCCAGAGCCUGAAGGAAAACGAAGCCCUGAGGAUGAGGAUGAAGGUGAUGAGGAGUGAGCUCUUCUCCCUCAGGCUGCAGACCAGGAGCAACCGGCCGGCCAGCCGCUUCUCCCCGAUCAGAGGGAAUAUCCCCAAACCACGGGCUAGAUCACAAGUUGUCAUUAAGCCACCAGUGGCUCAAAAGACAGUUGGGGAAGCUGCUUCGAUUUCUCUACAACCGGAGAACAAGACUUCCUCCGCUGCCACUCAAGUGCAGUGUGCAGAUGGAGAGAGCCCAGAUGUCAUCCUGAUCAAAGAUGAGGACGACGUCGGAGGAUGUGGGCCCGUUGUAGGUCAGGAUGACUUUGGAAACCACAGUACGCAGGGUGGAGUUUCUACACAGACUCAGAAUUUAGAGUCCUCCUGCCUGACAGGUGAUAAUGAGGACCUGAGAAUCGUGAGUGUUCACGGACGAGGGGAAGGGCCUCUGCAGGAUGAGAGCGACACCCUCUUCACUGCCUCUGAACUCCAGGCUUUUAGCUCUUUGUCUCCCGACCACAACGUCACCCAUGACAGUCUCUUGAAUUUCACCACUGGUGCCGGUGACAGAGCCCCGAUGAGAGGGAUGCAGGAUAACAGAAACAGCCAGCUGGAAAGAAAUCAUUCCACCCAAAUGGCUUCAGCAGCAGCAGCAUUGAAUCCUGCAUUAAAAACACAAGUAGUAGGAGGUGAUAAUCAAGUGGGGCACCCGAGUCAUGUCAGCCAGUUCACCCAGCCACAGAACGUCUUCCCACAUGGCAUCAACAAAUCUCUGGACUGCAGCUUCUGCGGCGAGCGCUUCCUCAACCGUGAAGACCUGAUUGUGCACAGGGCAAGUCACACCGGGGAGUCGCCUGCUCUUUGCACCUUUUGCGGCAAGUCGUUCGUCAACAAGACCACACUGAGCAUCCACAUGCGCAUUCACACCGGGGAGAAGCCGUAUGCUUGUACACAGUGUGGGAAGCGCUUCACGCAGAACGGCAGCCUGAAGAUCCACCUGAGGACUCACUCUGGGGAGAAGCCGUACACCUGCAAUCAGUGCACCGCCAGCUUCAACAACCCCAGCAACCUGCGCAGGCACAUGAUCACACACAACUCUAAUGGAGUGCUCUGACCAUGAAUGAUACAUAGAUUUAAAAACUUAACAUGGAAUUUUACAUUUCUUCAGCAUGUUACUUUUACUGACACUUGUGUGUAUUUGGGGAAUAUGUGUUUCCUGUGGCAGCAUCUCAUCUUCUGGUCCUUUUGUCUAUAUAGUUUAGCCACAGCGCAACUUGUCAGGUGUUAAAAGUACUUAAUGAACUACACCUACACCAAUGUAUAUUUUUUGACAACUUCUCAGUAAAAUAAAUGGACUGUUGAGGUUCAAAUAAGGACACAAACAAGCAUCACCUCUGUUAAGUAUAAAAAGACUUGCAUUCUUUUAGUUCUAGGAAAACCAGCAAUAAGUAAACAAGCUUCAAAACUAAAAUUCCUUUUUAUUUAUCUUUCCUGGCUAAUGGGAUUUUUUUACUGUUUGAAAAGCAGAUGAACGUAUGCCUUAUUCAUCAUUCGAGGAAAAUAUACAGUACCUUAAUUUAAAGCUGGGGUAGGCAGAAAUCUUGAAAUGGCAAAAAAAAGAAAGAAGCAUAAUUUGAAAAUACACCCUCCGCUUGCAGCUCUCCCCUCUCUGUCCUAAGCCCCUACCACCAGACAACGAUGGCCAUAUGCACGCACUUUAUACAGUAACCCAGUGUUUCCCAUACAUUGAUUUAUUUAAUUUAUUAAUUUUACUGUAACAUUAAACACAGCGCUUUCUCACACCCCCUCCUUGCCCCACUCCCUCUCUGUUUAUCAGACGACAAAUGAGACAAGAAUUAGCUAGCUAACGUUAGCCAGCCCAGCGUCCCUUCACCACGCAACUCACCACUGUAGACUGCUUCCUUGGGAGGAGAGUGGGCUGCAGCUUGGGAGAUGAACCUUCAGUCGGCAGCUGUUGUGGCUCAUAUUCGGUCAGCACUUGCUGGAUUUAGGUUGCUGCGGCCGCUAACUGGGGGUCUUUCUACAGAGCUGCUGCCCACUCUCCUCUUGGUUCUUGGUGGGUUGUAGCUGUUGGGAGUGAGGCAAAGGACACGCUGGGAUUUCAUGCUCUAGCUCAGUGGUCCCCAACUGGUCCGGCCAUGGGGUCCAGAUUUCUCCUCAGUCAUGAGUUCAAGGUCCACACAUUUUAAUAUAUUCAGCGUCAUACUUGCGUUUGGCCAUGUCGUCGAGCUAGUUUGCUGUCUCUGUCAAGUAGUAUCGGUUAAUCACUCUACAGCAGGAAACAGCACGUCAAAAUAAAAACUCUGUGCCAGAAAUUCACUCUACUUUAAAAUAAAGUGUGUUUUGUACAAACAUGAUACAUUCACGAGUCACUUUUGGUCCAUUCAGAAUGGACCCAUUUAUGGAGCGUUGGGAACAACUGCUCUAAACAACAAUAACUACAUAAACAUGAACUUGAAGCUGCAGCCAUAAGCAUUUUGCUCCAGUCAGCAGAAGGGUAAACUUCAGCAACAUUUUCUUUCUAUCUCUGAAACCCUUUGCUUAUAUUGACACAUUUUAUUUAGUCAGUCAGUCUCUCUUUGAGAUUUUAUUUUUGAAAAGUCUGUCUUCUUUUUUGGGUUGCUUUGCAGUGUAGGCAGUUUUUGCAAAUGCUGGAGUUGCAACUUUCUCUAUAGGACUCUCUGCCAUUGAGUCAGGCCUUCACCAAAGGGACGUGCAUGCGCAUUUGUAGAACAGCCAAUAAGAAAGCCCUCUCUCUCUGAAAUGAUCUGUGAUUGGCCAAAAGUCUCCAGUCAGCACUGUGCUAAAGUUUAGUGUUCUCACAGACCACACUUGAAUUACAAUAUGCUCAAAGUUUAUUAUGAAGUUUUUGCCUAAUGAUGCCAAAAUUAAUCUGCCUACCCCUGCUUUAAGAUAAAUUUGACAAAUGCUUAAAUCUUCUUUACCCAGACAUGACGAACUCUGUUAUCACCUGUAGCUCAGUGUAAUCAUUCAGUGUAUACAUUACGCUCAUUAUUACAGACCCUCACAGUUGUUAUCUUGACUUGUCUGACAGCAAGAACUCCUGUAAACUGUAGCAGGAGGAAACCAUGUGGUGGUACAUAUUGCCUUAGUGCCCAACCCUUGAUACAAUUAAAUGUUGUAUAAGUGCUAAUCUUAAGUGUUUUCAACUGUUUUGAAAGUUUUUCAGAUCACACAGUUGACAAAAAUUCUCAGAUACAAUGGCUAAAUUUUAGAUGUGGAUUUAUAAAUCUAAACAUUAAAAAUUAUGAGAAAAAUAUGUGGCAUACCUGGCAUUUACCUGUCUUACAUUUUCAUAUGUGCGUGUUUCAUUUACAAGGCAAACUACCUCUGUUGUCUCUGUUGCCGCUCUCUUUUCCUCUCUUUUGUACUUCCUGAUAGUUUCAGACUGGGCAAUAAUCAAUUUAGUGUGGAUUCUGUCUGUGGAUUUGUAAUCUGGAUUUGCAAAUAUGAAUAAAUAUAGAGGUUUUUUUUUAACA